AUGGAGCACAUCAGGCGAUACAUGGAAGGUACAAUGACCGCUCCGACGACACCCUGUGGUGGAUUAUCAAUAGGCAGUCCCAGUCAGCGUUUAUUCGACAGCGAGAGCGACGACAAUGAAAAUGAUCCGCAUCGUCAAUUGGGCACUUGUAAUGGCUACAACUCCCAUCCUGGAAGCAAAUCUAAUUUACUUCUCUGCAUGCAGUGCGACAUGGAGUCACGGGACUGCUCCUACCGUCCACGUAAAUCGGUCAAUAAAACCGGGAGGUACCUCGAGGAGGAACGUGCUCUGAGGUGCCAAGAGUGCUACGCCGCCCAGCAGAUUUCCACCGACGAUCGCUGCAUACACUGUGAUACUAUGACUCACGACGAGCAGCCGGAUUUAAUCUGCUUCGGCUAUCAAGAUGAUGCAGAUGAUCGCACUACUGAGGAAGAAGGGAUUGUCCUGUGUUCCAAGUGCGAAGAACCCAGCACUACUGAAACCACCGAGAGUCCUGGGCAAAAUGGAUCAGGAACUCAACCCUCGUCAUCCAGUGAAGCCGGUGGUGCCUAUCCCGUUGACGCGGUUGUUAAAAUCCACGUUAAUGAUAAGUCUUUUGACGGCGACUCUGAUGACACUAAUGAUGAUUCAAGUGCGCCGAUUAAUAAUCGCGAAUUCGAACCCGUUGAUAGACUAUCGCCAAUUGUUGAACACGUCCAAGCGGUUGAUAAUAACGACGCUAAUGGAGCUAUAAAUGAGUCGAACAAUCCGGGAUUUAAUGCCCAGCAUAACGCUUUACGAAGUUGA